AUUUCAAGGGUAGUUUAGAUUUUUUUUUAUUCUUUUCUUCCUUUGUACUUUAAUAACAGUCAAAAAGACUUCUUCUCUUUUGACUUGUCAUGCUGCAAAAAGUUUUCUUUUUUUGAUAGUUUUCUUACAUAUCUUCAGCUUCUUUGUUUUUGAAGUUAGUUGAUGGAUAUAUAUAUAUAUAUGGUCUUAUGUCUUAUUGUGAGUUGGAGCAUUUCCUUCCUCUGGUGCCUUGUUUCAAAAGAUCGAGUCUUUAGAAAGAGUGGGUAGUUUAGAUUUUUGCUUGUUUUUGUCUUGUUUCUUAGAUCAAGUUUGAUCUGUUUUGUUGUUUCUUGUGAUUUUUAUGUCCUUUCCUUUGUUUGGAUGUUGUUUAAAGUUUCCAUUCUUAUCAAUAUAUUGAUUCAAUAGCUUGAACUUCUGAUCUAGUUAGUUUAAGCAGUUUGGGGAUUCAAUUCUUUGUAUCUGUAUAGAGAGAGUUUGAUUUGGAGAAAGAACUUUUAGUUGAGCUUCUUUUUGAGCUGUUGUGGUUUUGGUUAUGGCCAUGGAGGGCUAUGAAUCUGUGGCUCCGCAAUUAGAAGGAGAGGAAAAUUUAAUUGCUGCGGCAAAACAUAUAGUGAGAGCAUUGGGAUCCAAUACUAACCUUACAGAAGAUGUGAAGAAAAUUUUGGCCGAUCUUGGUAGCCAAUUGUCUAGUAUGGCUACAAUUGAGGAUAACAUGGUUGAGGGUGGGAAAAGUGGGAUUGAAGAGCAGUUGAGUGCUGUUCAGGAGAAGAUUAUGAGUUGGGAGGCAGAUGAGUCUAUGAUUUGGGACUCAGGUCCGGAUGAAGCUGUUGAAUAUCUGAAAGCUGUAGAUGAAGCUCGAAAGUUGACUGAGAGAUUAGAGAAUCAGUGUUUGAAUAGUGAAGAAGAGAAAGAGUUGUUGCGUAGGGCUCAUGAUGCUCUUCAGAUGGCAAUGCAAAGGUUGGAGGCAGAGUUUAAACACGUGCUUGUUCAGCAUAGGCAACCCAUUGAGCCCGAGCACAUGUCAUUUCGAUCGAGUGAGGAUGAUGCUGUCGAUGUGGGCUCAAUAGUUUCUUUUGGAGAUGACUCUUUUGAGGAAUCAACCCACAGAGAUAGCAUCAGCAGAACCGCAGAGGAUUAUAUCAUUGAUUUGGUUCAUCCAGCUGUGAUUCCUGAUCUCAAAUGCAUUGCCAAUUUGAUGUUCAUGUCAAAUUAUGAACACGAGUGUUGCCAGGCCUACGUCAUUGUUCGAAAGGAUGCAUUGGAUGAGUGCCUCGUCAAUCUUGAAAUGGAGAAAUUGAGCAUUGAAGACGUGCUCAAGAUGGAGUGGGGUGCCUUGAAUUCCAAAAUCAAGAGAUGGGUUAGAGCUAUGAAGGUCUUUGUGCGGCCCUAUCUUGCCAGCGAGAAGUGGCUCUGCGACCAGAUUUUUGCAGAGCUUGGAUCAGCCAAUUUUGUAUGUUUUGUUGAGGCGGCAAAGGCUUCAAUGCUGCAGCUUCUGAACUUUGCUGAGGCCAUCUCAAUUGGCUCUCAUCAACCAGAAAGGCUAGUUCGAAUUCUAGACAUGUAUGAGGUGCUUGCAGAUCUUCUUCCUGACAUUGAUGCAUUGUUUUUGAGUGAGGCUGGUUCUUCUGUUAGACUUGAGUAUCAUGAGGUUUUGAAGAGAUUAGCUGAUUCUGUAAGAGCAACAUUUCUUGAAUUUGAGAAUGCCAUUGCGUCAAACACAUCAACAAGCCCUUUUGCAGGAGGGGCAAUUCACCAUCUGACCAGAUAUGUCAUGAAUUACAUGCGGCUUCUUGCAGACUAUAGGGAUACCCUAAAUUUACUCCUCAAGAAUCAAGAUGGAUUGGCUGCUAUCCCUGACAUGAUUCCAGCUAAAGAGGAGGAAAGCUUUGGUAGAGAUUUCUCGGGCUGUUUUUCUCCAAUGGCACUCUACCUCCAAUCACUCACUUCUAUUCUAGAAGCAAACCUCUAUGAGAAAUCCAAAUUAUACAGGGAUGCUUCCUUGCAACACUUGUUUUUGAUGAACAAUAUACAUUACGUGACUCAAAAGGUCAAAAAUUCAGAACUCAGGCUUAUAUUUGGAGAUAAGUGGAUUCGAAAGCACAAUUGGAAAUUUCAACAGCAUGCAAUGGACUAUGAGAGAGCUACUUGGAGUUCAAUUCUGUCUUUAUUAAAGGACGAGGGCAAUUCCAGUUCCAAUUCUAUUUCAAAGACACUUCUGAAGGAGAGAUUGCGUAGCUUUUAUGUUGCUUUCGAAGAGGUUUAUAAAACACAGACUGCAUGGGUUAUCCCAGACGUUCAGCUUCGAGAAGAUUUACGGAUUUCAACAUCCCUGAAAGUAAUCCAGGCUUAUCGUACAUUUGUUGGAAGACAAUUGUACCACAUUAGUGAGAAACACAUCAAGUACAAUGCUGAAGAUCUGCAGGAUUACUUGUUGGACCUCUUUGAGGGAUCCCAAAAAUCAAUGCAUAAUCCCCAUAGGAGGUGAAACUAUGAUAGCAAAGUAGGUAUCUUUUACUGAUGAAAGGCUUCUGUUGUAAUUUUAGCUUUUUAGUUUGAUCAAUAAACAGGUGAAUUAAGGCAAUGCCAACCUGUUAAAAGUGUCUCUCUCUUUCUCAGUUAGCUUCCAAAAUGAUUUCCCUGUUUGUAAUCUCAUUCUUGUAUUGAUAAAACUCGAUUGGAUUCACUGGUACAACUCCAUUGCCAUACUGCUUUGCUGUAACUAUAAGUGUAAUAAGUA